AUGGCCUCGUCUUUCAUCAAGAACACACUUUUCGGCAAGUGCACUACUACGGCCACGUCGUCAACGAAGGGUUACUUGCCGUUGACAGACAGUGAACACUCUCCACGGCUAGCAUAUCAUCCUUGUCGGUACUCGUGUUUCCAUGAUGGUGCUGAAGACGAAGAAAGCGCACUUGCGGAUAGCUCACUGGAGUCUGAAAAGCAGCGGCAGGCAGGCAGCGGACGAGACCCAGCACCAGCAAAAUCUAGCUUCCAUGUCGAUGCGCGUGUGAUAUCAGACGCCAUAAUCGGCCUAUCGGACGGGUUGACAGUCCCUUUUGCCCUUACAGCAGGGCUCUCGGCUUUGGGUAACACCAAAGUCGUCAUCUAUGGCGGCCUGGCGGAGCUGAUAGCAGGCUCGAUUUCCAUGGGCCUGGGCGGUUACCUCGGCGCAAAGAGCGAAGAAGAGUCAUACAGAGCGACUGUAGCUCAAACAAAAGAGGACAUAGUGGAGCAGCCCGAUGCCGUGCGCGAGACCGUUUUCUCGCUCCUAGCGUCCUACGAUCUCCCCGAGACGCUCGCGACCGAGCUGACAGAGCAUCUCUCCGGCUCACCGAAGGCACUGGACUUCCUCAUACGCUUUGAGCAUUCUCUUCCCGAGCCUCCGGCGACAAGAGCCUUCACGUGCGCGCUGACGAUCGCUUUGGGGUAUUUUAUCGGGGGAUUCGUGCCGCUUUUGCCGUAUUUCUUUGUGGCUACUCACGCUGUUGAUUGCGGAUUGGUUUGGUCUGCGGGUACUAUGGCUAUUGCGCUGUUUUUGUUUGGGUUUGGGAAGACUGGCAUUGUGAACGGGUGGAAGGGGUGGAGCAAGGGGUUGAAGAACGUGAGAGGGGGAGUGGAGAUGGUGGUCGUUGGCAGUGUUGCGGCGGCGGCAGCGAUGGGGUUAGUGUAUGCAUUCAACCAGGGGCGAUGAGUG